CCGCGCGGAGCAUUGUGGGACACAAACAAAGUGCCCCCCAAACAGGCUGGAGUGAAACGAGCGGCUACGGCGGCGCCGGCCCGCACGCGCGCUGCGGCGGCUCCCUCCCAGCCUCCCCUCCUCUCCCCUCAGUCCCUUUCCCCUUCCCCACCCCGCCCCGCCGGGCCAGCGCGAGCCGUCGCCCGCCCUCGACCAACGGCCCCCAACGGCCGCCGGUGUGCCGCGGGGCUGGGCCCCUCGCUCCUCCCCUCAGGCCCACGGGCGCCGGGCGCUCUCCUCGCGCCUCGCACUCUCGCACCUCGCGGCCACGCGGGUGAGCGGCGCCGCCAUGCGCGCCCAGUCCCAGGCUGCACACUGGCCUAGGCGCGGCGGCCCGAGAUAGGGUCCCCUGAGCCUCCCGGGGGAGGAGAGGAGCCAGUCGCGCGCUCCGCCCCUUCUCCCCCGGGUUGCCGCCGCCACCGCCGCCGCCGCCGCCACCUCGCCGCCCCAGCCUGGCGGGGAAGAGGAGGAGCAUUUGCAGGCCUCCGGGCCCCCUCACCGCCGCCCGCAGGAUAAUUCUGAUCCAUUGCAUCCUUGAAGAGCAUCAAUAGAAGAGGGGGGAAAAGAUGGGUGUGAAAACAUUUACUCACAGCUCCUCUUCCCACAGCCAGGAAAUGCUGGGAAAACUAAAUAUGCUACGAAAUGAUGGACAUUUUUGUGAUAUCACUAUUCGUGUCCAGGACAAAAUCUUCCGGGCUCACAAGGUGGUACUAGCAGCUUGUAGUGAUUUCUUUCGAACCAAACUUGUGGGCCAAACAGAGGAGGAGAACAAAAAUGUGUUGGAUCUGCAUCAUGUUACAGUGACUGGCUUUAUACCUCUUUUAGAAUACGCUUACACAGCCACUCUGUCAAUUAACACGGAAAACAUUAUUGAUGUUCUAGCGGCAGCCAGCUAUAUGCAAAUGUUUAGUGUUGCUAGUACAUGCUCAGAGUUCAUGAAAUCAAGUAUUUUGUGGAAUACACCUAAUAGCCAACAAGAAAAGGGUCUAGAUGCUGGACAAGAAAAUAGUUCCAACUGCAAUUUUACUUCUCGAGAUGGAAGCAUUUCUCCAGUGUCUUCAGAGUGCAGUGCUGUAGAAAGGACCAUUCCUGUCUGCCGAGAGUCCCGGAGGAAACGCAAAAGCUACAUUGUUAUGUCCCCUGAGAGUCCUGUCAAAUGUAGCACACAAACAAGUUCCCCCCAGGUAUUGAAUUCUUCAGCUUCCUAUGCAGAAAAUAGAAAUCAGCCAGUUGACUCUUCUUUAGCUUUUCCAUGGACUUUUCCUUUCGGAAUAGAUCGAAGGAUUCAGCCUGAGAAAGCAAAGCAGGCAGAAAAUCCCCGGACUUUAGAAUUGCCCGGCCCAUCCGAGGCAGGUAGAAGAGUGGCUGACUAUGUGACUUGUGAGAGCACAAAAACUACCUUGCCUCUAGGUACAGAAGAAGACAUCCGGGUCAAAGUAGAAAGAUUAAGUGAUGAAGAGGUCCAUGAGGAAGUGUCCCAGCCUGUUAGUGCGUCUCAGAGCUCACUGAGUGAUCAGCAGACUGUGCCUGGGAGUGAACCAGUUCAAGAGGACCUUCUGAUUAGUCCACAGUCUUCAUCUAUAGGCUCAGUAGAUGAAGGAGUCACUGAAGGAUUGCCUACACUUCAGAGCACUUCUAACACCAAUGCUCAUGCAGAUGACGAGGACAGAUUGGAAAAUGUUCAGUAUCCCUAUCAACUCUACAUUGCUCCUUCUACCAGCAGUACAGAACGACCAAGUCCAAAUGGUCCAGACAGACCUUUUCAGUGUCCAACCUGUGGGGUUCGCUUCACCCGUAUUCAGAAUCUAAAACAGCACAUGCUUAUCCACUCAGGAAUUAAACCAUUUCAGUGUGACUGCUGUGGAAAAAAGUUUACCAGGGCUUACUCGCUAAAGAUGCAUCGCCUAAAGCAUGAAGGUAAACGCUGUUUCCGGUGCCAGAUAUGUAGUGCCACUUUCACUUCCUUCGGGGAGUAUAAACACCAUAUGAGGGUUUCCCGGCACAUUAUCCGCAAGCCUCGGAUUUACGAGUGCAAAACAUGUGGCGCCAUGUUCACCAACUCUGGAAAUUUAAUCGUGCACCUGAGGAGUCUGAACCAUGAAGCAUCAGAGCUAGCAAACUACUUCCAGAGCAGUGAUUUCUUAGUACCGGACUACUUAAACCAGGAGCAAGAAGAGACCCUUGUUCAGUAUGAUCUCGGAGAACAUACUUUUGAAAGCAACUCUUCUGUUCAAAUGCCUGUGAUUUCACAGGUCUCCUCAACCCAGAAUUGUGAAAGCACUUUUCCCCUGGGGUCUCUUGGUGGGCUUGCAGAAAAGGAGGAGGAACUGCAAGAACAGCCAAAGACCAGUGCUCAAGCUGAGACUCCCAGAGAUGACCCCCCUAAGGCAGAGCUGUCUUCUAUAACUAUUGAGUAAUUCUGUGAUUGGCCUGGGUUUUGGUUUUUUGGAAAGUGCCUGUGCUUGGUCUCAUGUUUAAAUUUAAUUUAAUUUUUUAAAGAAGGGUUCCCUUUGUAAGCCCUGAAACUGGAGGGUUCUUUGUCUUGUUUUGUUUUUUCUUAGCUGAAAGAUUGCUUCUGUAUGUAUACAAUAAGGUAACAUUGAAACAGAACAUAAAAUUUGAGACUUAACGAAAAGCAGCUGACUUAGAACAUGGUAGUUCUUCCUCCCAUUGUUAAAAGUGGGCAGUAGCAGAUACAAAAGAAAUCAGGUUGUUGUUGACCUUCCUGAGAUAAGAGGGCUAAUGAGAAGUUACAAAACAAUUUGACAAUGCCUAAGUAAAUGUAUACUCCUAAAUGCAGGAGUUAUAAAAUGCAGGUUAUAAACCCUGUAGUUUUGGAAGUAUUUACGGUAGGUUUUUUUUCUUUUUUUCAGAUGAAGGUAAAUAACUUCUGAGAUCCAGUAUAUUCUUUUUUUAAGCCAUUUUGAAUUUUCAUGAUGAAAAAUUAGUAUCAGGCAGGCAUUUCCUAUACCUUUAUAGUACCACUCCAAAGGGUAAGAGGUUUGAUUGAGAAGAGUCAGGCUGCACAUGGAAUGGCAGGGUGCAGAACGAGGUACGUAUAUACCCAGCUUUUCAGGAGCUCUCCUCAGACCGUUUCUCUUCUUGGUUAUUGAAUGCUGACACCUGGCUAACUAGGACAUUUGCUCAGAGAAAUGUCCUCGUGUCCCACCAACAGCACUUUCGCUUGCAUAUACUAUUGUGCUGCCAUAUAGAAGAAAAAUAUUGAAGAUAUUCUAUAUUUUAUAUAUAGGUUUAUGUAUUGUUGAGGAUGCCGAUGCUCUGCUGUUUUGGACAAAAUAAAACAAGUUUGUUUUGAGGCUACAUUCUUAACCCAGUUAAGAUUGUUUACAAGAUUACAUAUGACAACGAUAUAAUGUCCUUAUUCCAAAAUAUUUUGAGGUAUUGCCAGGUUUGUUAAAAGCGGCUAUUAUAGUUUUCACGGGAUGUAAGCAAUAAUGUAAAAGAAAAGAAGAGGUUGUAAAAAGAUCAUCUAAGACAAAUUGGAGAAGGGAUUGUUAAGACAAGAGUCUAAGAACUUUGCUACUCAGAUGAUAACAUUUAUAUGAUACUCUAGAUUGGGAUAUACUUUUUUAUCUGCUGCCAUUAAAGCCCCUUUGAUCUGAAAUAAUCAUGAAUCCACAAAUAAUGAACCUUUGUGUAAUUUUUUUAUAUAGAAAAUAGCCCCAGUGUUUAUCAUUAUGAUAGCCCCUGAUGGGGUUAGAAGAUAAAAACGUGUGUUUUUUUGUUUGACUUCAGAUAUUAUCUUUUAUUUUGUGACAGGAUCAUAGGUAGUCCAGGUUGGUCCAGAACUCAUCAUCCUCUUGCCUCAGUUCCCCCACAACCUUUGCUAACAUAUAUAUGUUAAAGACACAUACCACCAUACCCAACUCAGACUGUAGUCUUAGUCAAACACAUGAUCUGACUUUUAUCCCAAUGCCAGACCUUACUUUUUAUAUUAUACUAAUUUGUUUCUUUAAAAUUUAUUAAAUUCUGCAAUUUAAUUUCUAUCUCUGUCCUUUUUCCUUUUUAAUACCGAGAAUUGAAGCCAGGACUUUAUAUAUUCUGAGCACGUGCUUUAUCACUAGGUACAAACCCACCCCUUUGACUGAUGAGCUUAUUUGCUCCCAAGCAUAAGUGUGUGACUUUCAGAAAAAUCAACUAGAAAAGUCAGUAAUUUUUAUUUUAUGAUUAUAUAUGAUCUUUGAAAACUGUGCCUACUAAUAAAUCCUAAAACUCAUUAGAAUCCUAUUUUAGUAUGGUAAAUGUUCUUGGUUCUAAAUUGGGUUGUUUUAUCUUUUUUGUUGUUGUUGUUAAGAACUAGAAAAAACGAAAAGGAAGAAAGAAAUAAGAAUUAAUCAGAGAUGAAUUAAUUUGAAGAAUUCUUUUGAGAUUUUUGUAGUUGAAAGUGUUUCAGUCUACUCUAUCCUCAGAGUUCUGAGUCAGGCCAGCCCUGCAGCCUCCCUGUGAAGGACAUGCCUCACUAUGGAUUUCCAUUACUAGUGACCAAGCUUGUAGCCUACGUUAAUGAGAGAUUUGAAUAUACUAUGAGUACACAAAUGGUUAGUUGCCUACUGCCCAGAUCUUUUUGAUAAAGUUAUCUGACCAGUGUUUAAUAUAAAAUGAUACAAAGGCCUUUUUCUGUCCCAAAUGAGACUACAGUUUUGAGGACAUUUUGUUUAUGGUUCUGUUAUAGGAAAUACAACUGCAAGAGAUAAUUGUAUAUAUAGUAAUAUUUAAAGUUUAUUUAAAGUUGAUUUAAGAGAGGAAUGCCUAGAUGUACACUUUUCACCAGAACAUACGGAGAACAUUGUGAUGAUCUGAUCAUAGAAAUCACCAGGGUAACUAAACAGAGAAGCAUUCUUGUUUAGAAUAUUUAAAGGUAGCUAUCUUUUGUAAGGCCUACGAGGGUAACUUUGUGAUAUUUAAAGGGCUUAAAUUUUAGAAUGCUAGAUAAAUUACUUUUUAAAAAACCAAGCAUUUUAUAUAAGAAAAGCUUUGUUUUCAGUUUUUUUCCAACUACCAACUAUAUAGGAUGUGCUUUAGAAGUAAAGUUUUCCCGUGUCAUUAGUCGUAGCUCCUCUUGUCCAUCAUUGUAUUUCCAAACUCUAGCCUUCAGAGUGUCACAAAGUCACUAACUCACAGACAGAAAUUUGACAGUAACCUUUAUAUUGUGCAUUUAAAAUUUCCAAGAAAUGGAUGUAGAUAAAUGUUACUAUCCACAAAUAUGUGAGCUUCUCUUAAUUGGCCACUUUAAACAAUCCUAAUUUUUAUUUUGAGUUUAAUUUCAAGUUUAAGAACAGUUCAUUAUAUUACUAGGUUUUAUUUUGAGUUUUUGAGAGGUGGUGUUUGUUUUUUUUAAGUUCAGUUUUGUUAAAACAAUGUACUAAAAUGUUUAAAUGGCUGCAUUUCAGUCUUAUGUUUGAACAUUUUAAGUCUCCGAUGCAUAGGAUCCGUGUUAAGAUGCAUUCCCUUUGUUAUUAAAAACAAACAAACAAAAAGUACUUGUGUUUUGUUAAAAUGUUUUACUAAAUAGAAUAAAGUAGUCAGGGCCCCUAAUUCGCUAAGUCAUUGGUAACCCAGUCUCCUCCUAACUGCUGAGCCAGGCUCUCCUGUUUUAAAACUGAUUCCCGUUCCUUUGGAAGUUAUAUUAAGUCUUUCACUCUUACUUUAUUCUUAGUCUAAUUAAUAGAAGCCACUUAUGCAGAUAGAGUCCAUUUUCAGAUUAUGCUUUAGUCUGUUGGCAUUGGAUUUCCUAUAAGGUGCAUGACCAUACAGUGUUAUACAGGUGGCGAUUCUCUACCAGGAUCACAGAGAUUGAUUUCUUAUGGCAAAUGAACAGUCCUCAAUUUUAACUGAAGAGAUUUUGCUUUGUAGAUCUAAUGAACAAGCAAAUUGGAAACUUGCAUUGUACUGCAUCACUCAUCUACCCAAAGGGCCUUCAAACUCUGAAGUGCACAUCUAUGUGAAGGAACGAUUUUUGAGUUCUUAACUAGGGGUAAGGGAAGGAACUAGGAAAUAGGAAAGCUCACAUAUGAAGCAAACAGCCCAAAGGUAGUGGAAAGUGUUGACAUUAGAUGCCUUUUUAUAUUUUGAUAGUUACAAAGAGAACAUGUAGAAACCAGAAGGCAAUGGAACAAAAGUGAGGGAGUGGAGAGAUGUUAUUGUCAAAAACAUAGCUAUGAGGAAUAUUUAUAACUAAAUACAUGUUUUAAAUGAGAUCAUCAAAAUUAAGAUUUCUUAUUUUACUUAUACUAGUAUUUAUCCCUCUUUCAUUUUUGACAGAAUAUGGUGACAUGGGAUAAUUUUUAGGUGAAAAAUGGUCAGCAAAACAAAUUUACCAAACUAGCAGUGGUUCAGAUAAGCAAUGAAGUGGAAUGGAGCCAGUCCCCAGGCUGGUUAAGAAGUAGGCUGUAGAUGUUUCACUCUGGAUUAUACAUAAAUCGAGAUUUUUGCUGCAACUUAGGAACAUGAACUACAUUUAACAGGGAAUAGUACCAGCUACUGCCAGGAGUUAGAUUUUUUUUAUUAUUAUUAUUAAUGUAUAUUGAAAUGGUGAGUGAGAUGCUUUCCCCAUAUCAUAAUUCUAUUUUUAUAAUAGAAACGAUAGUUCAUGGCUUUGGAAGUAGUUACUAUAGCGUCCAGACAGUGCUGCUAGAACCUUGUUUUGGUAGUGUCUGAACAGUGAUGUUGCUCUAACGGCUUCUUCAGCUGUAGUAGUGCUCCCUCUGAGUGAGACCCAGGCCGGUUCCAGCAGACACCAGGCUUCCUCUACAUAACAGUUUACAAAAAACUUAGGAGUUCAGACCAUGAUUGAAAGACAUUAGAAUUAAUGUUUUUAUUAAUUAAAAAUGAAAGAAAAGUUAAGUUUUUUAAGUGCCUAAUUUAUAAAAUUAAAUUCUUUUUUUUUCUAAGUUAUUAAGCUUUACUAAGCCUAAAAGCCCCGGGCUCCAUUGUGAUGAUUUACUAGUAAAAUCACCAAUAAUCAUUUGAGGAGCUAUAGUGUCAUGACUUUUACUGAAUUCCUUGUUUUCUCAAAUGCCAGUCUGACUAUACCUAGAGGUUGAAAAAUCAUCCUGUGAAUGAGUGUUCAUUACCAAAGUGUGUCACCAGCGGAGGGUCCAGCCUCUGUCUGCACCAGGAGAGGUGGGAGUGUUGACUUCAAGAUGGGGAAGUGUUCUCUUCAGUGGGGUUUGCCAGACAGACCCUUUUCUGUGAUUAGUGUGUGAGUGCUCUUUCUGUGGGUUUGUCAGGUUAGGUAGCCGGUCCCCUGUUGACAGCUGAUGUGGACGGUCUUUAAUACUGAGAAUGCAUUGCGGUUUUGAAAGGUACACUACUUUUCUGCCCCCUAGAGUGAGUAGCAUUGGGUAUUUAGAAGUGAGGUCAUAAACUUACUAUUUUGUUUAUACAAAGUGAUGGCUUCUGAUGCUUAUAUAUGAAGGUAUUGCUUAAAGAAACAGCAGUCUCUGAUAGGGUAGAAUCUGGUUUUGACUCAAGUUCCAAUGAUGUAUUUAGUUUAUUGAUACUGGUGUCUCCUGUUGCAUCAGCUAGAUAUUGCCUGCCUCUUUGUUAAGGCACCCUUGUGGCACCUUACGUUCAACUUGAAGGAUAGUAUGAGGCCUCUUUGUGCCUCUAUUGUCUUUUCAAAAGCCAUUUUAUAAAAAUCUUAAGUAUUUUAAUAUUUAAAUAUAUAUAUAUAUUUGUGAAAGAUACUUUUAGAACAAACUUUUUUUUUAACUUUACAAUUCCUGUAUUCCCAUUUUUAAGAGUAAACUAAAGAUUUUCCAGGCUUAGGGAGUAUCUUUUUUCAGAACCCUGAUAAGAAAGUCAGAUUGAGGUAAUAAACCAGAGAGUUCAGUGAUAGGGAAAGAGAUGUCUGGUGAGGGGAAACAGAUUUAAAGGUGAAAACAAUUACUUUGAUGUAACAAAUUAACUUUUUAAAAUAAAGUUGUGGUUUUG